AUGGCGGACGGGGCGCCGCGGGCCCGGGCCCCCCUCUACCGCAGCGUGUCGUUCAAGCGUCUGGAGCGCUGGAGCGGGGGGCCGACCCCCGGCGGGGGCCCGACCCCGGGCGGCGGGGCCCGCGAGGACCCGCCCCCCCGGCGCGGGGUGUCCAAGCUGUCCACGGUGCCGCCGGCCGCCCCGGGGGGCCCCCGGAGCCCCCUCUCGCCUUCGGUGCGCCGCCUCUCCCGGCGCUUCGACGCCGCCCGCCGCCCGGUCCCCCCGCCGGCCCGGGCACCGACCGGGGACCCGGCCCGGGGCUCCCCCAGCGACGACGAGCCGGACCGGCCGGGUGAGCCGGAGGACGGGCCCGCGGGCUUCCCCCGAGGGGGCGGCCCGGAGUCGGGGGGCCACUGGCCCAGCGUCACCGAGAUGCGGAAACUGUUCGGCGGGGAGAGCCCCGGUCGGCGGGGGCCGGCGCGGGAGCCGGCCGGAGCCCCGGGAGCCGGGCCCGCCCAGGACGACGCCCCCGGGUCCCCGGCCCGCUCCCCCGGGUCCCGGUCCGGGUCCGGGUCCCCCGAGCCCGCGGGGCCACGGCGACGGCGGCGGCCGCGGCGGCCGCGACGGCGGCGGGGAGAUGCCGGCGACCAGUCCGGGGACCGCUCCGACGACGACCACGACGACCCCGGGCCCGGGACCCCCUCCCCCGACGGCUCCUCGGCCGACGACGCCCCGGGCCGGCCGGACGGACGCCGGGACCGGCCGGACGGACGCCGGGACCGGCCGGACGGACGCCGGGACGCCGGGCGCCCGCGUUCGGCCCGCAGGAGGAGGAAGGAGGCGGAGGCGGCGCGGGGAGCCCGCACCCGCGGCUCGGACAGCGAUGGGCUGAGCCCGGCGGGGACGGAGCCCCCCGGCCGGGCCCGGAAAGGGGGACCCCGGGACCCGGACUCCUGGGACCCGCCGUCCGGCCCCCCGACGCAGCCACCGGGCCGGACCAUGGCCGAGGGCGGCGGCUUCCCUCGGGGCUGCGGGGCCGCGCUCCCCCUGGUCUCCCGCGUGGCCAGGGUGACCAUCCCGCCCCUCCUGCCGGGGCCCGGGCCCGGGCCCGGGCCCUCCCGCGCCGGCGCCCGCCACUCCAGCGCCGAGGCCCCGAGGGACGGAGAGGCGGACGCGGCGGGCCCGUCCCGCCUCCGCCGCUCCCCCAGCUUGGGCUUGGGAGACGGCCCGCUCCGGCCGCAGGUCCAGCCCCAGCCCCGGCUGCAGACGGCCGCGGGGCUCCUGGCCGCCCGGGCCACGGCGCCCAAGCAGCGCAAAUCGCUCUCCAACCCCGACAUCGCCUCGGAGACGCUGAGCCUGCUGAAUUUCCUGCGCGCCGACCUGUCCGAGCUGAGGGUCGGCCGGAGGGGCGGAAGGCAGGGACCCCCCUCGGGGCGGACCAGCCCCGCGGCCGUCGGCCCGGACCGGAGCCCCGGGCCCGGGCCGGGCCGAGCGGGGCCGGCCGGCCGCCCCUCCCUGAAGGACCUGACGGCCACGCUGCGCCGGGCCAAAUCCUUCACCUACCCGGACGCUCCGGCCCCGCGCCGGCUCCGUCCGCAGAGCGGCCUGCAGGCCGGCACCUACGAGCUGCUCCUGGCCGGUCCCGCCCGGCGGGAGGACCCCGGGGACCGGGGCGAUGACCCGGACGGGCUGCCCCUGCCCGUCCCCGACCGCUACGUCCGGGAGGCCCAGCAGGUCUUCGAGAACAUCAACCGGAUGGGGUUGGCCGCGGCCCCCGACGAGGAACCCACGGCCGCCGUCGGGGAGCUCCCGGACCGGGGCCCCGGGCCCGGCCGCUCGGACGGCGCUCCCCGCCGGAGGUCGCUGGACGAGCUGUCCGGCCACGAGUCCAGCCUGACGGACGAGGGCAUCGUGACCGAGCCGGAGACGCCGCCCCCGGCCAGGGGUGCGGGCAAGGGCCUGGGGCCCGCGGGCGCCUGGCGGGCCGGGGGAGCCGCCCCGGAGGACAGGCGCCGCUCUCCGGUCGUCGCCCUGGAGCCGGCCGACGGGGGCCCCGAGCCCCCGGACCCUCCGUCCACCCCGGGCGCCCUGCGGCGGCGGCGGAAGGGCCCCUCGGCCGGGCUCGCCGGCCCCGACGGGGGCCCCGGGGAGCCGCUCCGCUCCCUCAGCGACCCGAUGCCCCACCGGGGCGACCCCGCCGCCCGCCUCCUCGACUCCCUGGAGGCGACCGACGCCCCCGCCGCCUCUUCGGGGGCGGCUGGCCACCCUGCCGGCGCCCCCGACGGCCCCCGGGCCCCCGCCGCCCGCCAGGGCGCCCGCUCGACGGCCAAGAAGAAAUCGUUGAGCGAUCCGAGCCGCCGCGGGGAGCUGAUCGGGGCUGGGGUCCGCGCCCUCGGGGCCCCCAUCCGCGAGGUGGAGCCCGGCGUCCCCACGUCCGGCGGCGAAGCCCCCCCGGACGGAGGCCCGGCCCCGGGACCGGCCCCCCUCGGCGUCGGGAGGCGUUCGGGGGGACUGUGCCCCCCGCAGCGGGAGCUCGGGCCCGGCUCGGGGCCCGGCCGGGGGCCCGGGCCUUGCCGGGCCCCGCCGCCGCCACCCAACAGACAUGUCCGCCACGCCAGCGAACCGGCCUUCGUGCCCCUGACCACCACCGAGCCGCCGUCGGGCAGGCCCCGCGCCCCCGCCGCCGUCCAUCCGCCCUCGCUGGAGGCCGUCACCCAACGCUACAUGAUGGCCCUCGGUUCCAGGGACCCCCCGCCCGCCGGCCCUUCCGGCCCCGCCGAGGAUCCUCGCCCUCCGCCACCCCAAGCUGGCCCCGUCCCCUCCGAGCCCGGCCCCGCCGCCGGCAAGAGCCAGGGCAAGCCGCGAGUGGUGAGUGUCCGCGGGGGUGAGGGUCGCGUCUCCCCCGGCGACUCGAGCCCUAACCACAGGCGUCCGGGGUUUCCGCCCCCGGCGGAUGCCCCAACCGGGCCUGGGCCCUGGGGCCUGUCCGGUCCUGGAGGGAAGCCGGUUUUGUCCGUGGCGGGCGGGAUGCAUCCGCGGGAGCUGGCAAACAAGGCUGCCGGCCCCGGGGAUGCGUUCUCCCCAGACUCAGCUUUCUGGGGCGUGAAUUUGGUUUGGAGCCAAAGGGCCCCCCCUACUCAGCUCCAGCCCCGAGCCCGAAGUCACCGCUCCCCCGGCAGCGCGGGCAGGGUCCAGGUGGACCCGGGAAUGUCCUCGCCCCCGCCCCCCGCCCCAGCCCCCCACCCCGGCCCCAUGCUGCAGAUGGUGCGGACGCUGGCUCAGUUUACCAUCGCCCUGGAGGACAUGCGGGAGCUCGGGGAGGGCGCUGACCCCGCCGAGACCCCCGCCGAGACCCCCGCCCAGGACGGGCCCGAGCGGAGCGGCCGCAGCCCCGGGACCGGCGGGGCCCUGAGUGAGGACAUGAGGAAGCAUGUCAUCAUGACGUUGCUGGACACGGAGCAAUCGUACGUGGAAUCUCUCCGCACGCUCAUGCAGGGAUACAUGAAGCCCCUGAAGCAGCCAGAGAACUCGAUCCUGGUCGACCCUUCCCUGGUGGACGAGAUCUUCGACCAGAUCCCGGAGCUCCUGGAGCACCACGAGCAGUUCCUGGAGCAGGUGCACCAGUGCGUGCAGAACUGGCACGAGAAGCAGAAAGUGGGGGACCUGCUCGUGCAGUCGUUCUCUAAGGACAUCCUGGUGAACAUCUAUUCGGCCUACAUAGACAACUUCCUCAACGCCAAGGACGCAGUGAGGAUUGCCAAGGAGGCUCGGCCUGCCUUCCUCAAGUUCCUGGAGCAGAGCAUGCGGGAAAACAAAGAGAAGCAGGCGCUGUCUGACCUGAUGAUCAAACCUGUUCAGAGGAUCCCCCGCUAUGAGUUGCUGGUGAAGGACCUGCUGAAACAUACCCCCGAGGACCACCCAGACCACCCGUUUCUCAUCGACGCCCAGAGGAACAUCAAGCAAGUGGCCGAGCGGAUCAAUCAGGGCAUGAAGAAUGCCGAGGAGGUGGAGCGAAAUGCCCGUAUUGUGCAGGAGAUCGAGGCACACAUCGAGGGCAUGGAGGACCUCCAGGCUCCGCUGCGCAGAUUCCUGCGGCAAGAGAUGGUGGUGGAGGCGAAGGCGAUCGGCGGCAAGAAGGACCGUUCCCUGUUCCUCUUCAGCGACCUGCUGGUCUGCACCACCCUGAAGCGCAAGUCCGGCUCCCUGCGCCGCAGCUCCGUGAGCCUGUACACGGCGGCCAGCGUCAUCGACACCACCAGCAAAUACAAGCUCCUCUGGAAGCUGCCCCUGGAGGAUCUGGACAUUGUGAAGGGGGCUUCCCAAGCCACCAACCGGGAGAGCAUCCAGAAGGCCGUCAGCCGCCUGGACGAGGACUUGGUGACCCUGGGCCAGGUCAGCAAACUGUCGGAGAGCCUCAGCUUCCCCCACCAGGGCCUGGAUGAUGCCAUAAAGGAGCUGAUGGGUGCGGUGCACCGCGAACUGGCCGAGAAGCAGGCCCUGGCUUUGGUCCUGUCUUCCCCUCCCAGCAAGGUGGAGCUCGCGGCCAGCAAGCCGGAUGGCAACGAGACCUUCACCUUUGAGUUUCCCAGCGCCGACGCCUGCCACGGCUUUGAGGUGGCCUUCGAGGACACCAAAAGGAAGCUGGCUUCCCACCGAAACUGCCAGGACCCCGAGUUCCUGAAGGCCAUCCCCAUCAUGAAGACCCGCAGUGGGAUGCAGUUCUCCUGCGCCUCCCCCAGCCACAGCAGCAGCCCGGACAGCGCCCACGAGGUCUGGGUGUGCAACAGCGACGGUUACGUGGGGCAAGUCUGCCUGCUGAGCAUCCGCCAGGAGCCCACCGUGGAAGCCUGCAUCGCCGUCUGCUCCGCCCGCAUCCUCUGCAUCGCCUCCGUCCCCGGCCUCAAGCGCAGCUUCAGGGAGAGGCCCGAGUCCUUGGGCGGUGCAGCCCCGGAGCCCCCCGUGCCCCCCACCGAGGAGGCCGACGCCCAGCAGUGUCUCCACAUCUCCAUCUCGGGCUCGUCUCUGGAGCUGCCGGAGCCAGUGGGCAGCGCCACCCGUGAGCCGAUGCCUUUCGACAGCGACGACACGGAUGACGAGUCGUCUCCGAGUCCCUCGGGGACCCUCCAGAGCCAGGCCAGCCGUUCCACCAUCUCCUCCAGUUUUGGCAACGAGGAGAUGGCCACCUCCAAGGACGCGGCGGCUGAGACGACCAGUUCCGAAGAGGAGCAGGAGCCCAGCUUCCUGCCACUGUCCAGCUCUUUCGGCCAGAGCCACGGGGGCGGGAGCCCGGUGGAUGGACGCGCGGUGCGGCGCUCCAGCCGCGGCUCCUUCACCCGCGGCAGCCUCGAGGACCUGCUCACCGUCGACCCCGAAGCCUUUCAGAGCUCCGUCUGGCUGGGCACCGAGGAUGGCUGCAUCCACGUGUACCAGUCCUCGGACAACAUCCGCAACCGCAAGAACAGCCUGAAACUGCAGCACGGCGCCGCCGUCACGUGCAUCCUGUACCUGGGAGACCAAGUGUUCGUGUCCUUGGCCAGUGGCGACCUCGUGGUCUACCGGAGAGAGGCAGCCCGGUUCUGGGACCCGCAGAACUGUAAGUCGCUGCCCCUUGGCUCCGCCGGGAACCCCAUCACCAAGAUGGUGGCGGUGUCCGGGCGGCUGUGGUGCGGCUGCCAAAACACUGUGCUGGUCCUCGGGGCCGCCACCCUGGCUCAGGAGCACCAGUUCCAAGUGGGGCCGGAUGGCCACCGCAGCGUGACCUGCCUCGUGAGCUCCUCCGUGGGGGUGUGGGUGACCCUGCAGGGCAGCGCCCAGGUCCGGCUCUACCACGCCACAUCCUACGAGCAGCUGGCUGAAGUGGACGUCAGCCCGCCUGUGCACAAGAUGCUGGCAGGCUCGGACGCCAUCAUCCGUCAGCACAAGGCGGCGUGCCUGCGGAUCACGGCUCUGCUGGCCUGCCAGGACCUGCUGUGGAUCGGCACCAGUGCCGGCGUCGUGCUGACCCUGCCCCUGGCUGCCCCCACGCCCGGCGCCCCACGCCCAGCACCGCCCCUGACACCCGUGGGCCUCUCUCAGGGCCACACCGGCCACGUCCGUUUCCUCACCGCCCUCGAGCUCCCCGACGGCUCCGACCUCCUCCUCCCGCCGCUGCGGGACACAGGCUCCGUGACCCCGUGCCUGCUGGAGAGGAGAGAGCCGGCCCGCCCCCGGCUGGCCCCCGGCCCCCUGCCCCUGUCCAAGGCCCACAUGCUGGUCAUCAGCGGCGGCGAUGGCUACGAGGAUUUCAGACUGGCCGGUGGGGGCGGUGGGGGCAGCGGCGGGGGCGGCAGCGAGACUGUGGGACGGGACGACAGCACGAACCAUCUCCUCCUGUGGAGGGUGUGACCCCGGGGGGCUCUCGGGCCGCGCCGCCCCCACCCCAGCUGCCCCCUCCGUGACGGGGGGAUGUGUGUGUGCAUGUGUGCCCGUCUGUGUGCACCGGCGCGUGCACGUGUGUGUGUAUUUGCGCCUACCUGUGUAUGGGUGUAUGCUUGUGUUCUCGAUGCUUGUGUGGCCUGUAUAUACCUGUGGGUGUGGACACGUAUGUGUGCGCAUGUGCUCAUGUGUACCAUGGGUGGUGUACACAUGUCUGUGUGCAUGUUUUCCUGUAUUUGUGUGUGCCUGUACUUGUGUGGGUGUGCACCUGUGUCUGUGCGUCCCCCCCCCCCGGCCCCCGGGACCGGUUUCUGGCCGAGACUCUCCAGGAUCCGGGAGCCACGUGUCACUCCGGCGCUGGCCCGGCCCGACUCCGCCGGGCAGGAAAGAGGAGGAAGAGGAGGAGAUGGGCAGAGGGGAGACCUGCCCUCUGCCCAUGGUUUGGCCGUCUGCCCUAGGCCUGCCCGGCCCCUUCACCCGCCCCACCCAGGCCCCCCGAGAGCCAGAACUGGGAGCGUGGGUAGGGCCCUGACUCAGGUUCGGGGACUGGGGAAGUAGCUGUCCCCAUCGGUGGACACACCGGGACUGUGGCUUAGGGAGCUCAUGGGGAAUCGUGGUGCGAGCGGGGGGCAUCGCACUAAGCUCUCCCCACCCCCAACCUCUCUGGCAGGGGCAGGUCAGGCUCCGGGACUGGGGGAGAGGAGAACAGGGCCGACGGAGGGAGGAAAAUGUGCAAUAUUGAUGUGGGCCGGGAGGGGAUGGUGAGGCCAAAGAGAUGGGGACCUUCCCCUGCCCCGGAGCGUCUCUUGUGAUGAGCCCCCAGGGGUAGGAGGGAGAGCUUGUACAGUAUUUAUGUUUAUUUUUAACGAGUUACUUUUCACAGCACUUAAUUUAUACGGACAGCCCGAGGAGCGAGGGUGGGUGGAGGAGGCCGCGGUGUGGGUGGGGGCUGCUUGCUCCGGGCUCCGUCCACUCCUGGUGCCAACUCUUCGGGGCAGGAGCCGAAGCCAGGCAGCACCUUCGGACCUCCCGAGCCUCCGAGAUUUAGGGACUGUCAGGAUUUACGGCCCCGAGGGCAGCGGGGCUCGCUCCUCGACAGGACGUCACGGUAGUCAAUCCCCAUCAGCCGAGGUGGGGGGAAUCGAGUGCUGAUCCUGCCCCAACUUCGUUCCCGGAGAUGGACAUGUCCUUUGGUCACUCAACUGCACCUUGGCCGGGGGAGGUAGACGGCCCAGCUUGGCCGAGGCCUGGGUGGCCUCACUCUCCCCUCCGAGCUCAGGGGUCCUGUUCGGGAUCUGGAAGUCCAUCUGUCUGUCCCCUGGGCAGCUCCUUGCCAGGGGAGGAGGGGACGGUAGCCACCCGUGAAGAGGAGCGUCCUUGGGGAGCCCCGGCUGCGGGUGUGGAUGGUCGUGCGGUGAAGAAAGUGGCGUGGGCAGCUCGCUCAUCCCCGCUCUGUAAAGCCCAGGGGGCAGGGGCCAAGCGCUCGCCCAUCCCUGGCACGGGGGACUAGGCGGGGAGCCAGGGAUCCUGACCUCAAGCGCCCCGGGGAGGAUGGAGCCGGAGGAGGGCUGCGUCGACUUGGGGUGGACAGGAUCGCGGGGGGGGCGGUGGGGGUCCAAGUGAAUCCUCAGGGGUAGUCACCGGCCCCCCUAAAUCCCUGGGGGGGGUCUCCUCACCCUUCCAUCCCUCCACGUUUCCGAGAGCUGGGCGCCCCUGCGACUGGCCGUCUUCUUCUUUUGCUGCCAAUGAAACUAUUCACGCUCCGUGAACGAUGAAGUCAAAAGUCAAUAAACGGAAAAGCUCA